GAACUUCUGUCGAUUUCUACAGAUAUUAAAAUACAUUUAUUCUAGGUUUAUUAUUAAAUUGAACUGGCAUUUUGGAUAUAAUUUGAGGGAGAGACUGCGAUCACUUUGGAAGGGAUCACUCUUGCUAGGUUCAUGCCCAAAUCAAAAAUAAAUCAUUUGGUUGCAUGAAAUAUCUAGAGAUUUAAUUUAGCCGAUAAAACAUAACUGAAAUAUUAACAAGAUCCCGUAAACUGGUGCAUCAAAUAAUACAAUGUGUGCCUCAUUGUCAUUUCCUAUGGUCAGCUUUAUUCAGAAUUGAAGCAACAUGAUAGCAAUAUGGCUGGAAAUAAGAUUAACACAAAACAGAAAGGCAAGGAUGACAAGAAUAAAUCUAACAAAACUAAUCAUCAAUCAAAUGAAGACAGUGAAGAAGUAGAUUUUUCUUUACUUAGAAAACCAAUCCUUACGAGUAUUACAGGAUUUGCACAAGCAAGAAAAAUAUUUGAUUGGGCAACAGAGGAACUAAAGGCUCUACUUUCCAAUGAAUGUGACUUGUUAUAUGAGUGUAAAGUAUGCCGCAAUAUAUUUAGAAGCUUGGCCAAUUUUAUAUCACACAAGCGAGUUUAUUGUAAAGAGACCUUUAAUUCAUCAUCUCACAGUCACUUUGUUAGAUGUAACUCAACUGCCAAGGAAAUAUUAAAAAUUAAACGCUUUGAAGAAGGUUAUCAAGAAUCUUUAAAAGAGAAAAAUGUUGAUUUGAUGGACACAGAUGAAACUGAUGAGAGAAUACCAUUAACUAAGGACUUGACUACUGUCCUAGAGAAAAUUGCAAAAUAUAAAGGUGAAAGCAACUCCGAAGAACAACACAUGGUGUUGCAAAAGAUACCGAGCACCUCUGUUGCUGUGUUUCAAAAUGUUGAAUUUUCUGAACAAAAACAAAUUGAUAAAAUGAAAGCACAGGUCACUGAACUCAACGACAUCCUGUCCAGGGAUAAAGCAGUUCUCAUGAAUGAUGGGAAAUUCAAAACUCAGAGUUCUACUCCUUCGGACUUGGAAAGCGUUAUACAAAUCAGUGAUGAUGAUGAAAAUGAGGACUCUGGAAGUUUAAAGUGUAAAAUUUGUGAUCAACAAUUUUCCACUCAAAAAACUCUGAAAUUCCACAUGAAGUACAAACACUUAGAGAGUCGACUCGUUUACCCGUGUCCAGACUGUCUAGAAAUAUUCUCAACUUCCUGGAGCGUUUACCGUCAUCUGUUCAAAGUCCACAGGAAAAGUGCUGCGCAAAUUAGGAAGCUCAGAGAAUCCAUACAAGCUAAGGCAUUCAAAAUGAACAAUCCUCCGGCAUUUUAUGAAAAACGUAAAAAUAUGAAACCAGCUGCUGUACAGAAGAUUACUGAAGAGGAACGUCUUGAUCAAGAAAAUCAGGCGUGGAUGGACAACGUAGAAGGCGACGGCGACACGCCCCGCUGUUUCGGCUGCGGGCGCACGUUCGAGCGGCGCGCCGCGCUGGCGUCGCACACGCACACGUGCCAGCCGCGGUCGCGGGCGCUGGCCAGGAGGCCGCCUGAGACUAAGAAGAUAGAGAUUCAGAUUCGUAAGGACUAUAAUAAGGGACCGUCUGCGGCGACUUUGCCGGCGGCGGUGAAGAAUUCGGAUGCUAAUGUUUCAGAAAAUAAACAGACAGCCUGUACUCCUUCUAAACCAAUAGUUAGAGAAGAGGAAAAUGUUCCUGAAAAUAAAACAGAGAAGUUGGAGGAAGCUACAAUGGACAUUCUAAAAGAUGAGUCGAUGUCUGACGAUCCACCGAAAUCACCCGAUAUGACUGAAGAAAACAAACCUGAGAUGCUUCCAAGAGUUGUAUCAAAACUGCCGUUUUCCCACCAAACAGAAAAAAGUAACAUGAUUGCGCUUCGGCAAAAAAUUCAACCCAAUGUUGAUAUCCCAAAACUAAUGUGCAAAAAAUGCGAAACUCAACAUAAAAAUAUACAAGAACUGUUCGAUCACAUGGCUGAACAUUACAAAUGGGUGCGAUAUGCUUGCAAAUUAUGCAAUUUCAAACAUUAUGAUUUCGAUAAAUUGCCCGAACACGUUAAAGUAGUUCAUAAGUUGAAAGGCGACUCAGAUUUUUACUUUAGCACUGUAAAAGCAAUUGAUGGGACAGAUGCCUUAGAAUUGUCUGAAUCCAUAGAAGGAAAUGAUAUAAAUGAAGUAAGCCCUGACUCAAGACGACCUAGUAGAUGUUCCAGUGACUCUAGUCGCGUGUCAGACGAUAGUUCAUCUAGCAGUAUUAGAAUGGAAACAGGGUCUAGAAAGCGUAAAAUGAACCAUAGCAGAACUCAUACAAAGAAGAGAAAAGAGAUUUCAAAUGAUGAAGAUGAGGAUUUCAAAUUAACCGCUGAUUCGUCAUUAGAUAAAGAUGUAAAUAGUAUGUUAAUAGAUAAUGAUUCUUCUUCAAAUACAAAAACAUUUGAAGAAAAUUCUUCUGACUUGGAUGAUCUCGAAGACAAAAUCACUAAAAGAAACACCGUCGACAGUAUAUCUUCUGUAGCGUCUCGUAGACCGAUUCGCAAUAAAACUAAACCCAAAAAUGAGGACUUUGAAUAUGAUUUAUCUAACUUGUUAAAAAUGGAAGCACAAGGCUAUAGAGAUUCACAAUCUAUUUCUAACACAAAAGUUACUCAGACAAAGAAAAGAAAUACACAAUCGGAUAUCAUUGGUUAUGAAAAUCUUAACAGAGAUUGCUGCGGAGCAUUAACCACACUAACCAAAAGAGCAACAGAUAAAGCUGCCGCGGUCUUGAAAAUGUCGAGCUAUAUUUUGCCUAAAAAUCAGAAGGAUGUCCGUAUUUCAAAUAUAUUCGCGAAACCAUUACCUAAACUUUCACGUAGUGAAAAGAACUCUCCUAAAAAAGAAAUUACUGAAGAUUGCAAAGAUAAGCCUAGUCCACAGAAAGAACAAAAAAAUGAUGAAGACAAUGUUAAUGCCACAGAUAAGGUUGAUAAAGUAUCUUCGAAUGUUAAUAACAGCUCCUCCGACGACGCAAAACCUGUCGAUAAUUCUGGAGGAUCGAGUGAAAAUGUAAAAUCAAGCAAAAGAAUACCUGCUGUCCUUCCUAUUACAUUUCGUCGUCAGAGUUUAGAAGCCAUUAAGCCACUAAUUAAUAAAAACAUCACGGACUUUAGUAAAGCUGGUAUGAAAACUAAAAUAUUGGUUAUAAAACCAAUAAACAGAGGUAAAGAUGGAAGUACAACACAUGCCAAGACACCAUUGAAAUUCCAAACGAUAAAACUGAAAGAUCCUUCUAAAAGAUCGUCUACAAGCGAAGCUAACUCAUCUGAUCAAGUAAUGGUUGUAAAGGUACCGACAGUUGAUCGCUCAACAGUAAAACCUGUGACAGAUUCUAGUGUAAAGGAAAUAGAAAAAAAAAUCUCAAGUGUGCAACCUGAUAUCAUUAACGAUGUAACUACGGCGAGUUCAGAUGAAGUCACGGAAGAUAACCGUGACAAUACGCAACAAACUGAUAGCAGUGAAUCUGCCGAUAGUGUUCCUAAUGUGAUUGAAAAUGUUAGAGAUGUCGUCAAAGACAAUAUUGCUAAUGACAAUGAAAUAUCAUCAGUAAUCAAUAAUUCGGAAAAUAGUCAGGUUUCAUCGUAGAAACUUAUUGCGUAACCUAUAUACGAGUAUAUUUCACUGCCUUCAGUAACAAAUAGCUUUUGCUGUGUUAUGUUUAUUUCUGUUAUGUUUUGUUAGGUAGCCCAAUAAAGAAUUGCUAUAG